ACUGCAGCUCUGUUUUCACUGUCCUUCGCACACAGCAGAGCCCAUCCUUCCGAGUAGCUCUUUCAGUUCCACUAGAUGUCCAUUCAUCAGUCAUCCUUUAAUCCGAAAAGGGGAACUAAUAGAAAAUGGAAUCACCUCAAACAUGCUGUGAACAGGGUCAUCAAAACCUUGAAGCCAUGAAAGCAGGCAUGUUUCUGCGCAAAGUGAGGUCUCGUAGUUGGAAGCGUCCGCGGCACUACAAACUUCAAGAGGACUGCAAGACUAUCGCAUAUAAAUCCAGCUGGGCAAUAAACUCUUAUUCUACCUUCUCCAUCAGUGAUGUGGAAGUUGUUCGUGAGGGACAUCAGUCCGAGGCGCUCCUUAGUGUGGCUGAUGAGUUUCCCGCAGUCUGCUGUUUCACUCUGGUGUUUCGCGGCCGUAGAGGAAACCUGGACCUGGUGGCUGAUUCAGCAAAGGAAGCUCAGGCCUGGAUUCAGGGCAUCAGAGCCCUCAUGGAGAACAUGGAGAACAUGGAUGAGAGCACCAAACUUGACCACUGGAUCUCAGACUGGUUUUUGAAAGCAGAUCUAAACAAGGAUGGCAGAAUUAAUUUUAAGGAGGCAAAAAAAUUACUGAAAAUGAUGAACGUGGACAUGAAUGAAGAACAUGCAUGCUGUCUUUUUAUGAUGGCAGAUAAGUCUGAGUCAGGAACCCUGGAGGAUCAGGAGUUUGUGGAGUUUUAUAAAAUGCUUACUGAGAGAACAGAGGUGCUGGAUUUAUUCCAGGGUUAUUCCAGUGAUGGACAGAGUCUGUCCCAGUGUGAUCUGGAGGAGUUCCUGAGAGAGGAGCAGCUAGAGGGGGAGGGCAGUUAUGAACAUGCCCUUCAGCUGAUUGAUCGCUAUGAGCCUUCAGACACAGAUCGCUGCAGACAACAGCUCCCUAAAGUAAAGCAAAAAGAAUGGUCCAUUGUAGACCCCCUGGUAAGGGUGGAAAUUUAUGGCGUUCCUUUGGAUCGAGCCAAACAGGAGACCAAAUACAUUGACAACAAUGGAUUCAACCCACACUGGAAUGAAUCAUUGCAGUUCACAAUCCACACCCCUGAGCUGGCACUAGUGCGUUUUGUAGUUGAAGAUUAUGAUAAAGCAUCAAGGAAUGACUUCAUAGGGCAAUACACUAUACCUUUUACCAAUAUUCAACCAGGAUAUCGUCAUGUGCACCUGUUGUCCAAAGACGGAACGAGUAUCCAUCCAUCCUCCAUCUAUGUUCAUAUCAAAAUCACAGAGCUGUAAUUAUAGGUGUUCACAAUGUUCACAAUUCUAGUAUUUUUAUUUACAAUGCUUAAAUAUUUCUCAGACAAAUCUGUAGUUUGCUGUUAAAAGGUAAAGAAAAUGUUUUAUCUUGUGCUUUGUUUAAAAUUAA